CUGUCGAAAUGUAACAACUACACGUCGACUUAAUUUUGAUAGGAUUCUGAAGGAAUCAAAUUGCUUUCGCUGUAAAAAAAUUUUCACCUAUUAUGAUGAGGAUUCGCACUACCGUACAUUUUAGUUAGCUCUAGUCCAGGGCUACAUCGUAGCAGCUGUCGGAAGAGCGUCGCCAUAACGUUGAACUUUACAGUGCGCAUUAAUACAGAUGUGCACUUCCAGAAAAUAUUAUUGUCUGCUGAAAGUUGUCGGGCCGUUCACAGUGUCAUUUCUAUCUCAUAGAAGUAUUUGCCUAUAUUUAACUACCCUCUUGGCUUAAAUUCCGUAAACCGGUGUAUCCACAAUUAGAUAAAUCUUGUGACAGCCAGUAAAGGGGCGGAGAUUAUGCACAAACUACACCGAAAUGACAGCAACGCUUGUAGUUUUCGUAUGAUACAAAGACAAGUUGUUUAGCCGAUCGUUAAUUUUACGCCUGCGACCGUUAGUUUACUGAUAGGCAAAUAAGACCGUCAAAGCAAGUAGGAUUCUUCACGUUCUCCUCGGUUCUUCUGGUCAAGAAACAACAAGCAAUUCCUUUUUGGUUUAAGGAAAGACACCAAUGCAAGAACCGUUGGGUCUGGUCUACUUAGUUCAUUGACAUUCAUUGAACCAGAAAACAACAACGAGUGGGUUGUCGCUUCCUCUUCUGUCUCAGAGACUACGGUUGUGGACAAGAGAGGAAGUCCUCCUGCUAUCCACUGUGCGUCCACUAACUAAAUAAUCAUGUCAGCUCCAGGUUACCCAUCCCCUCACCAGGGUCCUGGAAGUUACUCCACGGCACCCUACCCUGUUCCUCAUGGUGGGUAUGGUGAGCCUAACCAUGCUCCCCCACCGGUUGGCUUCCAUAUGGGCUACAACCAACAACAACCCCACCCAGGCCAGCCUGUGAUGUACCAGCCUGUGCCCAUGCCCGAAUAUGGGGUACCUCAAAUGGGCCCCAGCCCAGGCUAUGGUGGUCCCAUGCCUGGGCCUGAGUACGGUGCACCUCAGAUGGGCCCCAGCCCAGGCUAUGGUGGUCCCAUGCCUGGGCCCAGAUACGGUGCACCUCAGAUGGGCCCCAGCCCAGGGUAUGGUGGUCCCAUGCCUGGGCCUGAAUACGGUGCACCUAACUCGGGCCCUCCUGCAGCCAUCUCCCCAGCCCCUGCAGCAGUUGUGCCUGUUGGAGUUCCACCUGGUCUGGAGUACCUAACACAGAUUGACCAGAUCCUUAUACACCAAAAAGUGGAGUUGCUGGAAGCAUUUAUUGGCUUUGAGACCAACAACCAGUACGAGAUCAAGAACAGCCUGGGUCAGAAGAUCUACAAGGCCAAGGAGAAGAACGACUGCUGCACACGCAACUGCUGUGGUGCCCUGCGUAGCUUUGACAUGAAGAUCAAGGACAACACGGACCGCGAGGUCAUCCGCCUCAUACGACCCUUCCGCUGUGCCUCCUGCUGGUGCCCCUGCUGCCUGCAAGAGCUCGAGGUCCAAGCCCCGCCUGGCACCACCAUAGGUUAUGUGUCCCAGGACUGGAACCCCUGCGUGCCCAAGUUCUCCAUCAAGGGGGCCAACAAGGAGACCGUAAUGAAGCUGGAGGGACCCUGCUUCGCCUGCAACUGCUGCGGGGACGUCAACUUCAAGCUGACGGGGAAAGAUGGAGGCAAGCCCAUCGGCCGCAUCAGUAAGCAGUGGAGUGGCCUGAUAAAGGAGGUCUUCACCGACACGGACAACUUUGGCAUCCAGUUCCCCAUGGACCUGGACGUCAAGAUGAAGGCUGUGCUCAUGGGCACCUGUUUCCUCAUCGAUUUCAUGUUCUUCGAGAAGGUUGGCAACACAAAGCAGCGCAACACCGUCUUCUCAUAACGUAGGAAAAGAAAGAAAGACUGAGCCCUUGAGGCAAUGCAGUCUGUUUUUCCGAUCCCGUUCGGAACCUCCAUUUUUUUUUUCUCCGGAAUCUAUAAGAAACUCCUUCCUUAUUCAAAAGCUUAGAGGACACUGCCAAUCCCAGGACUCUUUGUGUGAAACACAACACGAGGCCUUAUCUGACGAUGAGCUUACAUUUGAGCCAAAAUGCCCUCUCUGGACUGUUUCUGUGUAUCCAUCCAAAUGUAAGAAUCAGCAACUGGGCUAUGAGACAUAGGCUUUAGUUGUCUAUCAUGGGUUUCUCCACUCUCUGCAUGGAAUGUGUUUAUCUACGGUAUGUUUUGUCAUAUCUCUAUUUUCUAUUUGUUUUCUAUAACAUUAAUGUGGGGUUCAGAACAGUAGGCUUAAUGGAAAAAUACCAGUUAUAUAUUAACCUAACUACAUAUUCUUUGAGAUUUCUGUUUUGUCUGUGUGCAAUGGUAUAUUUUACAUCAUGUUAUUUGUAAGCCAAAUGUAUAUGUUAAUCUAUCUAUACUUCACCAGCCAUGAAAUUAUUACUGUAGAAAUCUAGGUAAUUUCAUGAUUAGUCUAGUACUUUUAAAGAGAUUAUAGGAUUAACACUUGCAAUACACUACCAUACUAACUGUA